AUGUCUGGCCGCAUUCCCGACCUGGAACACCACGCCAAGGACAUGGCCAAGAAAAUGAAGGAAAUCGAGGCCCAGAUGGUCCAGCCGUUGCCCGUGAGCGACCCCUCAUCCUUCUCCCCCGCCUCGUCUGCUCCGGGUACCGGGCAUCCGGUGGACAUUCGGCUCAUCAUCUUCCCCAACGGCGGCUCGGCUCGUCACGGUGAGCAGCCACAGGAGCCUUUCGUGCUACGGAGUGCUCCAGUCGAUCGCAAGCACCCACCCCAGCCAACUGCCUUCUCACCGGCUCCGUCCAGCAAACCUUUCCAGCAGACAUCUUCACCAUCCACCAACUCCCUGAGUAGCCUCAGCUCCGAUCAUACAACUCCUAGCUGUAACACCUCUUCAGCUUCGUUCUCCGUCAUCACAGAGGACGCAACUGAUGACUCUCCUCCCCUUGGUGACGGUAUGCCACUGCGUACCAUCAGUCAGACCAGCACCUCUUCCACGUUCGAAGAGGAAGUGACAGUAAUGAAGGGGUCACUGGACGAACUAAUGCCAAAGUACUGCAGCCUCACGAGAAAAAUCCGCAGUCGAGACAAGCAGGUGAAGACCUUGCAAGCGGAGCUAGCCAGGAGAAAAGAGACAUUCGCGGCUGGCAUGGAGACUGCAAACCAAGAGACGAAGGACCUCCAGAAGCAGGUGGACACGCUGCAGGUCGAGAAAGGCGAACUAAGAGACGACCUGGAGAGAACGAGGGAGAGUGUGAUGGCUAGCAACCAGCAGAAACAGGCACUGAUACACCACCUCCAGAGUCGUUUGAAGAGCUGA